CCCGGCGCCCGGGACGAUCUGGCCGGGUCGGCGCACCGUCAGCCGUCGGGGGCGACGCUGGCCGUCGGAGAGCAGCGGCACCGACGGCAGUGGCUCGUCGACGGCGACGGAGAGAGGAGGAGACACACCCAGAGAGGCACGGAGGAGAGCCACCCGCUGGUGCUGCAGCCAUGAGAUGGCACCUGGCCUGCAGUCUGCUGCUCCUGCUGCUACUGACAACGCUCAGCUCAGCUCUCAAGUGUAUCCGGUGUAAGAACUGCGCCGCCAAGUACGAGGAAUCCCAGUCAGUGCGCUGUGACCCCGACAAGGACACGUGUCAGUGGCUACGGAUAAAGAAUGGCCAGAUGGACAGAGACUGCGGGAAGAAAGCCGACUGCGGCAGCAGCACGUUACUGCACUACCAGAUGGUCGACUGCUGCGAUGGCAACAACUGUAACGGAGCCAGCUCCGGCGGCAGUUCGCUGUGGCUGCUGGCAGCUCCCUCCUUGCUUCUGGUUCCGGCACUGCGGCGGCUCUGAGAUGUGUCCCUUCCUCAGCCGGGCUGGUUCUGAAAGGCACCCUUCCAAUCUGCUUGUCGCCGCAUUUCACCAGCUGAGAGGUGUCACUUCGUUAGCCGGGCCGGUUCUGAAAGACCGGCGCGUUCAGAUCGUUGCUGUAUCUCUGAGAGGUGCUCCUCCCUACCCCGCCGUGCGCCUGAGAAGUAGCUGUCGUGCGGCGGCCGUUCCUGAGCCACUGCGGCGGCUCUGAGAGCUAUCUCCUCUUCCUGAACCGCUGCGCUGGCCGUUAGGCGCCCUCCUGGGUAAUGGCUUCCGCGUCACGCCGGCCCUGAAAGUCUUCUCUCUGUGCUGAGUAAGCUCUAAGAAGCUUCUCUCUGUGCUGAGUCAGCUCUAAGAAGCUUCUCUCUGUGCUGCGUCAGCUCUAAAGAGAUUCUCUCUGCCCCGCACCAGCUCUGAAGGCCGCUGCACUGGCUGUCAGCAGCUGCUGCUGCCAGCCACGGCAGCCCAACAGAAAAUCUGGUGGCCCGGCCAAAUUCGCAUGGCGCAGGUGCUCUGUCUUCGGCGACAGCUGCAUAAGGAGGAAACAGGCGCCAAAUUGUAGACGGCAAGCGUAAAAGUAUCGGGUUUGCCAUUUUGCCAAAGGGGAUGGGUGUUAUCGUUGUGUGUUAGAGGGAAAUGUGAUAUUUUAGACUACUGAAACAAUAGGUGAAUAGUGGUUUUAGCGAUAAUGAAGCAGCUACAUUUGUAGCUAGAUCCUUAUAAGUAAGGACAAUUUGUUGAAGGGGUAUGGUAUGAGCACUUGCUGCGACGCUGUGGGACGUUCUCGUAGGUUACAUUACAAUGUACUGUCCCCAGGGGCCAUUUUCUUUGGGUUUGGACGUCACAUGGCAUUUCGUAAUUGGUUGUAAGGUAAAUGUUGUCAAUUUUCAAUACUUUGUAAAGAAAUGUAUCAUGUCCAGCAUUUAUUUGGAGCUCUUUACUUCUAUUUUUAGCGUUGCGCAAUACGCUUUUGCAUGUCUGUAUGCAUUAUUUUCCGAAUAAUGUAACUCAUAUGUCGACAAUAAAUGUAAUGAAUUGUU